CCUUCCGUUACCUCUCGUUUGAGUGAUUUGAGAGCAUAUAUCUGUACCUGCGACAGACUCAGGGAAGAGGACAAGCGGAGUUAAUUAUUGAAUACGUCACCUUGCAGCAUGAACGCGCAUCACGUUGCUUGAAGAGAGAGAGAGAGAGCUUCGGUCCCGAAUGACUCCCAUCCAAAACCAUGGGCAUUGUGGUGUCCAGAGCUGAAAAAUGUCGUUUGGUUCACUCCACUGGCUCAAGGGCCUCUCUGCAGGUUCAGAACAGCGCCCCCUGUAGGGAGAUGAAUGGAACAGUCAAACUCUCUCAAAUUAACGUCAAUGAAUUGUCUCAGAACAACACUGAAGAGCUUCUGAUUCCUGCACUUCCAGAAAAAGCAAAUAUAGAAAGAGGUUAUGUGACCCCACAGCAGGUAUACAACCUCCUGAAUGCUGAAGCGGGCCAACCUUCACUGCAUGAUCCCUAUUAUAUACUGAUACUGGACUGUCGCUCUGCAGAGAGAUAUAAGCAGAGUCACCUGGUCACAGCCCGAGCCAGUGUGACGGUGAUGCAUCCAGAACUGGGCUGUUUGAUAAGCUGUGUUCAGCUGCAGGAGUUUUCUAUAAUACUGCUAUAUGCUGAAGAAGGCCAAAGUCCAGUUGGCAGUCAGGAGGCACGCGCUGACUCUCCUACUCUCCAGCACUGUUUCUUCCAGCUGAGUGCUUUGGGAAUGGACCCUGUAAUCCUCCAGGGGGGCUAUUCUGCUUUUCACUCUCUCUAUCCCUUUCUGUGCACCCCUCGCAUGGUCCUACUGGAGUCAGAGCGUCGCUCCCUCACCAUCUAUCCCUCUGAAAUCCUGGAGGGGGCGCUGUACCAGGGCUCUGCCUCGCAGGCACAAAACUACCGUAUCAUCAAAAACCUCCACAUCACACAUGUGGUCAAUGCCACAGCUGAAAUCUCAGAUGCCUUCCCUAGUGUUUUACGUUAUCUUAGGCUACGGCUUAGUGAUGACGCACAGCAGGAUCUUCGGCAGGCCCUUCCAGAAGCUUCUCGGUUCAUUGCUGAGGCUUUGCGGGGGGCACUGGGGGUACCAGGCGGCCGGGUGUUGGUGCACUGCAGCCUUGGACGGAGUCGUAGCUCGGUGCUGACGUUGGGAUUCCUUAUGGAGCAUCGCCGUUGGUCUUUGCUACAUGCUUUUCGUUGGCUGAAGGAAAGACGAGCUUGCGCUGCCCCCAAUGCUGGGUUUCUUCAGCAACUCUCUGACUACGAGGAACUUCUGUUUGGUCGACGGCUCACCUCACUGGAUGACAUCCGUCUCUGAGAAAUACUGAAGGAAAAUACAAUGACAUGAAAUGAAGGAAUCCUCUUCACAGACUUAUAUAGUUAGUUGGUUGUGUUGAUCUUGGUUAAUAAUAAGAAUUUGACAGACUGAAGAAAAACUUUGUUUGUCAUAUGAUGACUUAAACACAAACAUCCAUUAAUCUAACACAAAUGGAAGUUUGUGGAUGGCCUUAUACACAAUAAAGAAAAAUAGAAUGUAUUAGGGAAUAUUAGUGAAUACAUUUAAUACAUCAUAAGCCAAAGAAAGACAAAUAUCAUGCUAAUAUUUCAUAUGUGCUCAAAACUAGCAAGAUACUACCUAACAUUCAGGUAGGAUGGGGGGGGGGAGUAAUUGUUUUGAUUUUACUGUUUAAACAGGUACAAACCAGUGAAUGGUAAUGGAACUGUUUUUUUUUUUUUAUCUUUGCUUUUUAUUUUUAUUUUAGGAUGUGGUGGCCUGAGGGAUUAAAUUGUGAAAAAAUGUAUUUGUGUCUAGUUUAGGUUUAGUUUGUGAUAAUAUAAAUGUUUUGUUUUUUAGAUUCUUCCAAUAUAGGAGAGAUAUCUAUUGACCAAAAAAGGCAAUAAAGUCAGUAAAAAAAACAAGUUUGAAUCACUGGAGUAAAUACAAACGGCACAGAACAUACACAGCUGUUUGACCUUUUUCUGCCCUUUACUCUGAGGACUGGGAUGAAGAAAAAGUUUGGAAUCAGCCAAAUUCAUUUUAGAAGUAGAGUCAGAUGUUUGGCUAGCGUUGCAAUGACAGGAGUAUUACAAGAAAUCAUAAUUGAUUUUUAAAUAGUACAAAAAAAAAAACUGAAGAGAACUCUCAAAGCAUUGUGCUAAAACAUGUUUAUGUAAAAAAAAAAUAUUUUUAUGGAGGGUGGUUGUCGUCGAUUAUCCCGCUUAUUCCAUGGUCAAUUAUUCAGUUGCCAAGUUAUAGACAAGUUAAAACUUGUAUUGCUUUUUGCUAUUUGACCGAAUGGGUAAAAAUGACAGUUAGGCUGUUUUCGUCAGUUACGCCUCGUUAGCACUAGCAUUCUGCCCACUUCAAAUCAUACACAGAGAUGAAAUAGUGCGGUAUAAGACCACAUUUAUUUGAAUGAAUUAGGCCUAUUACAUGUAUUUCAAUUAAUGAUCGAUCAAGAGAGAGAGAGAUGACAGUUGUGUGUACCUGCUUGCUGCGUGUACUACUGAAUAUUUUCUUUAACAUUUUUUUAAAUGCUCAAUAUUUUUACAUCAGUUAUACACAGAGUGCA